AUGACAACUUUUCUUCGACUCCAUUUGCCUUCCAUUUUUCCUCCUCUUCUUCUUCAAUUUUUGACACCGGUCGAGCGCCAUUAUUAACAUAAAUACAGAAAUUAGAGCAUGAGAGCUUGCUCUAAACCAACAAUGGCGGUCUCUUUGAACUUGUUUUUGUUACUUUCGACAAUGGCGGUUCUUCUAGCUCUGGUUGCAAGCACAAAUGCCUCUGCAGAGACUGACAAGAAUGUAAAUUCUAGGUUUGUGGAACCAAAGGAGUCAUUGAGCUCCAAGAACUCAUCAAUGGCAGAAAGGUCUGAUGAAGCUUUGGAUGAGCACGCAGUAGAUAAUCCAGAUGAAAUAGCCUCCAUGGUUGACAUGACCAUUCGUAAUAGCACAGAGAGAAGAAAUUUGGGAUUCUUUUCAUGUGCGACGGGGAAUCCAAUUGAUGAUUGUUGGAGAUGUGACCCACAGUGGCAGCUCCACCGCAAGCGCCUUGCAAACUGCGGCAUAGGGUUUGGGCGCAACGCCGUGGGCGGCCGCGACGGGAGAUACUACGUCGUGAACGACCCCGGCAAUGAUGAUCCCGUCAACCCUAGACCCGGAACCCUCCGCCACGCCGUCAUCCAGGACAGGCCGUUGUGGAUUGUGUUCAAGCGUGACAUGAUGAUCACACUAAAGCAAGAGCUAAUUAUGAACAGCUUCAAGACAAUUGAUGCACGUGGAGUCAAUGUGCACAUUGCAUAUGGGGCAUGCAUUACGAUUCAAUACAUUACUAAUGUCAUCAUCCAUGGGCUACAUAUCCAUGACUGCAAAUCUACCGGAAAUGCCCUCGUCCGGAGCUCGCCAAGCCAUUACGGGUGGAGGACGAUGGCGGACGGGGAUGGCAUUUCCAUUUUUGGAUCUAGCCACAUUUGGAUUGACCACAAUUCCCUUUCUAAUUGUGCUGAUGGGCUCAUUGAUGCUAUUAUGGGCUCUACUGCAAUUACCAUUUCCAACAACUACUUCACCCAUCAUAAUGAGGUUAUGUUAUUGGGUCAUAGUGACUCCUAUGUAAGGGACAAACUUAUGCAAGUGACAAUUGCUUACAACCAUUUUGGUGAGGGACUUAUUCAAAGGAUGCCAAGGUGUAGGCACGGGUAUUUCCAUGUGGUGAACAAUGACUACACACAUUGGGAAAUGUAUGCCAUUGGUGGAAGUGCUGAACCCACAAUUAACAGCCAGGGCAACAGAUAUCUGGCCCCUAACAAUGCUUUUGCAAAGGAGGUCACACAUAGAGUUGAUCCAAAUGACUGGACGCACUGGAACUGGAGAUCAGAAGGAGACCUGAUGCUCAAUGGAGCCUAUUUCAUUGCAUCGGGAACUGGUUCUGGAGCAAGCUAUGCCAGGGCCUCUAGCUUGGGGGCCAAGUCAUCUUCAAUGGUUGGCUCCAUCACGGCCAGCGCCGGCGUCCUCAGCUGCCGGAGGGGUUACCAAUGUUAAUUAUGUUUCAAUCCCUUCCCCCCCCCCCCCAAAAAAAACAACAAAAAAAAAAAAAAAAAAAGAAAAAGAAAAGAAACAAGAACAGAAGGAAGAAAGAAAUUAUUACUCAUUCUUCUUUCCCUUGAUUAUUGGUGUGGAGCCAUUAAGUUUACAUCCCUUCCUUCCACCCUAUUUGCCCCAAUCAAGUAUUUGAAGAAGUGUACAUUUUUUACUAGUCACAUUUUCUUUUUUGUUUGUAAUUUUCUAUUUUCUUUGGUCCAUAUAAUAUUGUAAUUGCACUUUAGGCAAUGAAAUAUUUGAUGACAAGGCCACAUUGUUUUGCAUGUGACCUAAAAAAAAAUGGGCACAUUUUAUCCAACUAAGCUUGUUUGAGA